CUUAGUUGGAGGUGCAUGGAGAGGUCAACGUUUAGGGGUCGCUCAUGUUGCUGGGGCAACAUUGGGCUUGAUGGCAGUUGUUUGUGUGGUUUGGGCGGACGUGGAAGGAGCUCCCACUGAUGGUAAAAACCAAUUAGUGGGUGAUAUGCUUUGCUUAGCCGGAUCACUCCUCUAUGCUCUAGUGACUGUGCUCCAAGAAAUAAUGCUCAAAACACAUUCAUGUGCGGAAUAUUUAGCAUUGCUCGGUUUCAUUGGGAGUUUGUUGUCAAGUUCCCAGACAUUUUUCUUAGAGUUUAGUGACCUGAUGACAUUUAACUGGUACGAGUUAGAUACAAUUAUACAGUUGGGAAGUUACUGUGUUGUGCAAACAGUAUUCCAAAUCCUUCAGAGCUUUAUGCUAAGGGAUGCUGGAUCAAUAAUACUGCACCUUUCUUUCCUCUCUUCGGAUUAUUAUACUUUGAUAGCUGGGAUGUUUAUAUUCCAAUUUAAGUUCCAUGCUCUUUAUUUCCUAUCAUAUCUGUUGGCGAUGGUGGGAGUAUUUCUCUUUAGUGCAAGACGAACAUCCAAUCCUGUGGUUAUACCACAAAUUGUUCAUGACUCUGUGCAGACACAGGAUAAUGUGUCCAUGGAGUACACAGUACCCACAUUGGACUGCAUACCUCUAUCCGAAGGUCUCGAACCGCCAAUGAGUCGAGAUACAACAUUCACAUCGUUCCUCGGAGGACCUCAGACUGCUAACACCAUGCCUAAUGGAAACAUGCCAUUCGGACCUUUAAAUACAGAUGAAACUAAGGAAAUAAAUCAAGACAUAAAUCAAUAAUUUUUAAUAUUACUUCAUUUUUAAUAAACAUAAUAUAUUCUACGACAGUUUGCAGAGUUUGGACCAAGUUUGAUUAGCACAAAUUAGCGCAAAACUUUUAUAUUAGAUAUGACUGAAGUUAGCGAGAUCGGUAUAUCUAUUACUUUGAUUGUCUGACAUGUGAUAAAUGUUUAGGAAGUUGAAUGUUUAGAACAAAUUAGUUUUGUUGUUAGUGAAUUAAAAAUCAUUAGAUCUUUACAAGGAACUACAUAUAGGUAACAGUUCUUGUAUGUAGAAUAAUUAAUUUAAUUUUUUAUGGAGUCAGUUUGUUUUUAUUAUAAUUUCAGUAAUCAUUCAGAUGCUUUAUCUAAAUGUACGGUUAAAUAUAUCACUACCAGCACAAUGAUGUGAUAGAUAUCUUGAACUUUUUAAAUUAAUCAUGGAUUUUCAUUUUAUGUAUGGAUGUAAUUUUUUUUCAAGUUGCUUAAAUUUUUUAGCCGCCUACUACAUAUUUAUCAAUUUUAUCUUAAUAGGUUUUUAUAAUACAACCUGUAAAUUUAUAUUAUAAUUGUUCCUCAGUGAACCUUAGUGGCAAUUUAUCUUUGUCGCCCCAGAGAUAUACAGACAUAUUUUUAAUUUAUUAUUUCAUCUGGAACUGUUUGGAUUGAACCUGAAAUUGUUUUGAUUUUUUUAUGUAAUCAAUUAAACUUUAUUAGAAAUAGUCACGAGAAUGUUUUGUAACGAGCACAUUUAAUUUUAAACACACUUUUGACGAAGUCAAACAUAAAAUGCAUAAUGAAAUUGAAAAAUUUAUUAACGAAUACUGCCAUUUACUCGAAUUUUUACUCAAUUUUUAAUCAGCUAGAUUAGUGAUGUUUAUAUGAGAUUUAAAUGUAGAAUCUAUUUAAAUUAAGGGUGUGUAUAAUAGUUGAUAUUAUAAUAAUAUUGUUUAUUCUUAGUUAUAAUAUAGACUUAUAACUUAACUUUCAAUUUUACUUUGGUUUUAAUUUAAUUUUGCAAGCAAUACGAAUGUCUUUUAUCUAUCAUGUUAUAUGAAUAUUUUUUCUAGCCAAUUUUUUCGUUAACGAAUUUAGGCUUAUGGCAACGUAUGUUAGUUAUAAUAAAAUAAUAUGAACUGUAAUAAUUGAAAUAAUGAACGAACAGUGUUUAGACAACUUAAACAAAGCGGUUCGUGUCCCUACAAGCGAGUCUUUCUUGUUCUGUUUAAUGAUUCAUGUGUAAAUUAUAAAGGUAUUUUUCAAUUAAUUUCCUUUUUUAUAACAGCAAUUAAAGCGACUGUAGGUACAGCAUUUUGUGAUUUAUACAGCAUCGAUUUGAUGAAAAAUUUCUUUUAAAGGUCAUUGUCAAACGAAGAAUUGUAUGAUUGCCGAAUAUUUUACCAGCGAUAAUAAUUAAAAUAUCGGCACAAUACGCCCAGCAGAUCUCUUAACCUUAUUCAUGUAUAUAUGUUAUACUGUUUUACUAUUCCACGCUGUGAUUUGUUCGACUCUCAGAUAAACUAUGACGUUAUAUUUUUAAGAAUCUAUUUAACUGAGUUACUAUUUAGUUGAUGAAACGUAUAUGGCUAUAAUAUAAUAUAGAAGUUAUUUAUAUCGCUCAAUUACUAAAAGUAAGUUACGCAUUUUAUUAACUAGUCCAUUAGUAUGAAUUGAUAAAAGGAUUUGACACUAACUUUAAAUAGAUUAUUUACUCUUCCGUCGCUAGAACGGUUGUAUUAUUGCUUCAAGGGAUGUAACGUCAUUUAGCAUGUACUGUAAUCCUUAUCACAAGUUUUGAUGGUCACACUACAAACGGAGCGUUUUCAUUUUGUAUAUUAUAUUUCGCUGUUAGACUUAUUAGUUUUGGGGGAGAUUGUACGAGUGGGGUUUUUCCCUUGAAAUACUGAUUUUAAGAAUCUGGGAGGUACCGUCGUCGUAAGCGUCUCAGAGAAAUCGAACCUCAAUAUCAUAAUAUUGGUACUCGCUUCGUAUUUCUCAUUUAUUAACCUAUGUUGUAACUUCCAUACUCUAUAACAUAUAAAGUUAAAACUAGUAACGCCCCGUAUUUAGUGUGACGGUGGAAACUUUUGGUAAGGUCACUGAUGUUGGGAUUAGAAUCACUGCAAGGAUAUAAACUCUGACUAGCAUGUUUGUUUUAUAUAAUAUUUUUAAAGAUCAAAACCUUUCAGUCUUUAUAGUAUUAGUGUUCAAUUAUAAAUUGUCAUUAGAGCGGUGAUUUUACAUUCCAAUUUACAGCACGUUUUAAGUGACCGUAUUAUACUACUAGUUCGUUAAAUAUACAAUGUUUUUGAA